ACUCCGCCUUGAUAUAAUCAGAGGUUUCAAUAUGGCGGAAGGCUACGGCGAAAAAUGAGGAGGAAGAGAUCGGUUUAGUGUAUUUGGUGGCAUUUUGCAUUUGAAAGGUUUUUAAGCCGUUUUAAAUGUAGACGCAAACGCAUCAUUCGCUGUCUUCCGGAUUUCGGACAUUCAAAGGAUCUGUGUAAUAUUGGCAGCUAUUCGAGGCGGAAGUUGAAAGUUAGCUAACUAGCCUGCUGUCCAUCCACAGAACUUGUGCGGCAGUUGGCAAAAAAAUAACAUAAUCCUCUCCGGUCCAGUGACUCUGGCGGUUUAUCGCACUCAAUCAUCUCAGCGCUGCUGCUCGAGUCUGGCGUUGUUUUAUUCACUGAAGGACCACUGAGGAGCGGCGUUAUGGAUGUCGGAGUGGCCGAGGUGUAAUUUCUCUAUCGACCGUAGCUCGAAUGCUAGCAAACCGAAUCGCACAUCCCCGGAGUCAUCGUGUUAUUAAACUACGAUCCAUCUUUCUUACUGCAAUAUAUUUCUUUUCGGGACUAAAAACAGUGGCGAUUUAGCUAAGCUCGCUAGCCGUCCUCCGAACACACGUCAACUUGGACUGGGGACGGUUUUGGCUGAAUGGACCUGGUUGGAUGUUUGAUUAGGUUUUAGUGUUAUGAUAAACCCAGCAAGCUAAGAUAGAAACCACAGUGGUGGUCACGUCUGCUUGGAUCUUUUUAUUCUUAUUCCUUUUCCUUUUGUUUUGGCCAAGAGACAAAAGCCAUGGCUCGUCAUUCUCCAGUCCAGAGAGGACUUCCAGUCAUACAGAAUAUUAAAACUGAUCCAGAAGAGUUGUUUACUAAGCUGGAGAAGAUCGGGAAAGGCUCAUUUGGAGAGGUGUUUAAAGGAAUAGACAAUCGUACGCAGAAGGUCGUGGCUAUUAAGAUCAUUGAUCUGGAGGAAGCAGAAGAUGAGAUUGAGGACAUUCAGCAGGAGAUCACUGUGCUGAGCCAAUGUGACAGCCCCUUCGUUACAAAGUAUUAUGGGUCAUAUUUGAAGGGCACAAAGUUAUGGAUUAUAAUGGAGUAUUUAGGAGGAGGAUCAGCGUUAGAUUUGCUGGAGCCAGGGCCCCUUGAUGAAUCCCAGAUUGCCACUAUACUGAGAGAAAUUCUCAAGGGUCUUGAGUACUUGCAUUCAGAAAAGAAAAUUCACAGAGACAUAAAAGCUGCUAAUGUGCUGCUGUCAGAGCAGGGUGAUGUGAAGCUGGCUGACUUCGGCGUGGCAGGUCAGCUGACAGACACCCAGAUCAAGAGGAACACGUUUGUGGGCACACCGUUCUGGAUGGCACCUGAGGUCAUAAAACAGUCAGCCUAUGAUUCAAAGGCGGAUAUCUGGUCAUUGGGUAUUACUGCAAUAGAGUUGGCCAAGGGAGAGCCGCCUCACUCUGAACUGCACCCCAUGAAGGUUUUAUUCCUCAUCCCAAAGAACAACCCACCAACUCUGGAGGGAAACUACAGCAAACCGCUAAAAGAGUUUGUAGAAGCCUGUCUCAACAAGGAACCGAGCUUUAGACCUUCAGCCAAAGAGCUGCUAAAACAUAAGCUUAUUGUACGUCAUGCUAAAAAGACCUCGUACCUAACAGAGCUCAUUGACAGGUACAAGAGGUGGAAGUCUGAGCAGAGUCGAGAGGAUUCCAGCUCUGACGAAUCUGACUCGGAACAGGAUGGACAGGCCUCAGGUGGGAACGAUUCAGGAAAUGAUGAUUGGAUUUUUACUAUUAGAGAGAAAGACCCCAAGAAAAUACAAAAUGGAAUCAUGCAAGCUUCAGAGCUGGACCAUGGCGAGGUACAGAGCAGCGCACAAAGGCCUUUGUCCAAAAGCUUGUCAACUAUUAUAUCUCCGUUAUUUGCAGAGUUGAAACAGAAGGGUGAAGCAAGUAAUGGAAAGCCAGAGGCAGUCGAGGAAUUGAGGGAGGCCAUAUUCUUGGCAGAAGAGACAUGCCCAGGCAUCUCGGACUCCAUGGUUACAGAGCUAGUACAGAGACUGCAGAGGUUUGCAGUUCCCCGGGGCUCCUCUCACUGACUGCUUGCUGUGGAUUCUCCGCUCUCCGCCCCUUUGUGCAGAUUCUCUCUCUUUAUGCACACACACACACUCACUCACCCACUUACUCACUCUGUACCUGGCACACUUUUUUUUGUCCCCCUCAACAAAAUUUGGUGGUUCACAUAUCCGGUGCAUGGGUAGUGUUGUGAAGGUCUGCCUGGACUCAGACUCACCCUUCUGAGAGCAGUGCACCUUAUUCAGCACACACAGGGGCAGAGCAGCUGGUGGUUGCACCAGCGUGUGCAGGUUCCUUCCAAACUGCAUGUAUAAAGCAAAAUGCAUCGUAAUGACACCAUUUUAUUCUGAAGCGUCUAGUGAGUGCAGAUUCAGUCGCAACGUAAUCGACUCUCGCGUCGUUAAAUCCGCACUGAUAUCAUUAAUCCCUUUCUGCAUCUAGCUGAACCAGAUGGCUAGUUAACAUUUCAGUAGAGCGUGCAAGUCAGAAUGUAGUUGAAAUGCAAGGAGUGGUUAUUUUAUAGUAACGGUACAUGAGUAUUUUAUUAUUAUUAUUAUUAUUUUUAAUAUUGUUUCUUUUGUUCAGUCGUUAUCAGCUGGUCAGUUUUGAGGCGAUAUCCUGUUUUACACUCGUUCCUACGCCAGUGUGAAUUUUACAUUAUGGUGCAUUCAAUACAGUUCUGUAAAGUAGGCAGUCGGGUUCAUUCGAAUUUGGAUAUUUGGUGCAAACCAGUUAUUGAAUGUGCAUGUGCAGUAUUUGAGACCUUUGAGGUGUGUGUGUGCGCGUGCGUGUGCGCUCGAAUAAGUGCUGUCCCAGCAGUGAACCUUGUGAUCUGAAUUAUUUCUCUCCUGUGGGUAAUUUUAGUUUCUUUCUUUUUUCCUUUCUUCUUUUUUUUUUUUAUUAUUUUUUUUAAACUCAGGUAUUCUGCUCUCAGUAACUGGAGUCUUCUGAGAGGCAGACUGAGCGUGCUCAGCUGGGUGUGUAAAUGUGUGUGUACAUAGGCUUACAGACAUGUCCUGGAGGUACGCUAAUGAAAACACUGUGUUAAAAAUGGCCAACUGCUCCUGUAGAUACUGUUCAUGAAGGUAUAUAUGUAAACCGGCCAUCACUGAGAUUGCCUUGUCUUUUAGUUUGCUUCUUUUUUUUUUUUUUUUUUUUAUCAUUUGAUUAAAUCUUUUUCAUGUUUUGAACUAAAUGCUGCCAUUCGACUCGUUUUCACACAUCUUUGUUUUCCUGUUCCUUCACAGUGCCAUUUGUGCUUCUCCACUGUUUCCAUUUACUGUCAGUUUUUGAGUCCAGCACUUAGAAAAUGUAUUAAGUUCCAAGCCCAUAUUUUUCCCCCUGAUCAUUUCAGUCAUGAAACAAAUAAUGCUGUACUCUUGAUUUUGUUCCUUUAACAGCGCCACGCUAUUUCACUAAAUUCUAGUAUAUUUGAUUUGCUGAAAACACGUCAUAUACCGAUAAAUCCUCACGUCUUCCUGGAAAUCGAAACGGUACGCGUCUACCGACAGCUUGAAUUGCACUUAGAUAACUGCCUUCUUAUGAUACGCGAAUUAGCCAUAAGACAUAAGCAUGAGACUUGUACAGUGCAUUUCACCUCCAUGCAUACAGGACUGCUAAUGUGAGCACCGUCCACGACCUCCACGAAGUCUAGCGCGUUCAUGCACAACUCGAUCUGUUCGUUGCUCACGUACAUGUAGCGUCCGUAAUGAAAAGCUAGCAUCAACGAAUGUUGUGGUAGAUCUGCACUUGAGCUAACCCUCUUAACCCUAAUGUUACCCCUCAGACAGGGCAUUGAUGCAUUUAUUCACCCGUUUUUUAAACAUGUAAAUCCAGUGAUUAAAAGCUAUCGCUUAAAAACAGCAUGGGAAUCUGAGCGUAAGGCGAUUCUAGAUAGAUUUUAUUUUCUAAUACGUUAGGGGACGUGGAUGCUAUCACAAGCAUGACGCAUAUGCAUGUGUGUAGAAAGUGUUUGAAAUUCUAAAAUCCAACUGUUUCAAUUCUUUGCGCUAACACUACUACAAUUAGAAUUUUUGUGCUUUUUUUUUCUUCAAUUGCACAUUGUGCUCCAAAAACAGUUGUUCUUCAAGACUGCAACUUUUUUCAACAGUUCAAUCAAAAAUGUGCGUUUCUUAUACCCCGCUGUAACCCCCGAGUAAAAAUGGCACUGGGGUUUAGAACGAGAUGGAGAACAAAACAAUGACACUGACCAUGAGACCAGUAAAAGCACAGAGAACCACGAGGAGUGAUGAUUUUUCAUGUCGUCAGGUGGAAAGUAACUUUUGCUUUGUCUUGGUUAUAAUAUAUAAUAUGCUUAUAAUAUGGCAUAAAAAGGCUACAGAUGUAGAGUCGAUCCUCAACUUAAGACUAGUUUGGAAUUAAAGCUGAAGUUGGAGUUUAAAACUGAAGAGCAUGUUCUUAAGACUAGGUAAUAAUGAGGCAAUGAACCUUAUCGAAAACAAUUGCUGAAAGAAACUGAAACGUUCGACAAGUGAAGCUGUUCAAAUCAUUGCUUGUUAAGUUUGUCGUUCUGUCUGUCUGCAAAACCCAUAGAUGGCAUUUUAAUCGAGGCAGAACUCUGCACCCACAUUUAGACUCUGUCCUGUUGCUCAGCCUCUGUUUACCACAAAGUGCUUCCCUUUUUUUUCCUCUCUCUCUUAUUUGCCCUUUUAGACUUUUUUUUUUUUCUUCCUGUCAUACUAUUGAUAUUUGCACCUGAAUGUGUCCCUGUGUGUAAGCUGUAAUUUUAAAUGAGAUCACGGUUUGUCUUGUUUUAUCUUUGCGACUGAACUUUCUUGAGUAUGGCAAUAAAUUAGGCUGUCAGGUUUCUCAGCACAGAUAUAUUCUAUGGAACAGAAUUCAAUAUUUUUAUAAGUGUAAAGUGCAGUAUUAUCUCUCGAAUGAUUACACCAUAUGCUAUCUAACUGAUUUUCAAACAAUGUAAUUUUCUGUAACAUUGCUGAGUGUAUAGUCUUGUAAAUAAUUCUUGCUUUUGUCAUCAGAUAUCAAGGUACUGAAUUCCUUGCAAGCUUUCAAGUGAUUUUAAGAAAAAUAAAACAAUGAUAGUUUGAUUUGA